CCACGCACGCUGGAACCUCCUUCGAAGGCGCGCGGAGGGUGGCGCGCCCGUCAGAUCACGGGGCACGAGGCGGGCGGACCCGCGGGUGAGGAUCAUGUGUAGUCCACGCGCCGAAACUGAGUUAGCCUUCAGCGAGCUGCAGAGCAAGAAGGAGCUGAGAGAAGUGGAGCUGCUGCUUUAUCACCGUUUUAUCACAGUAAUAUCGCUUAGAACGCACGGAAGUGACUGACAGAGAUUAACUAGUAAACACACACCGUUGCUUUUAUUUGUUUUAAGGUCGGUGCAUGCAAAGAAAGGCUGGAAAAUCCAUAUGAGGAUUUGCUGUUGUGACAGUUUUCAGCUGCUCCGUUUUGGAGCAAAUAAGUGCGCGUCGCUGUGUUCUGGGCUUCAUUUCCACCUGGAGUUGUAUGACUUGAAGAGUUUGCGUAGACUUCACCGCCACCAUGAGAGCUCAAAUAGAGGUAAUACCGUGUAAAAUAUGUGGGGACAAAUCAUCUGGGAUUCACUAUGGUGUCAUUACCUGUGAAGGCUGCAAGGGUUUUUUCCGCCGCAGCCAGCAGAACAAUGCUAUGUACUCCUGCUCGCGACAGAGGAACUGUUUAAUUGACAGGACCAACCGUAACCGUUGUCAGCACUGCAGGCUGCAGAAGUGUCUCGCUCUUGGCAUGAGCCGUGAUGCGGUUAAGUUUGGCCGAAUGUCCAAAAAGCAGCGUGACAGCCUGUAUGCAGAGGUCCAGAAGCACCAGCAGUCCCAGGAGUGUGCGGCGCUCGGAGUCCGCGAGGAGAAUACCGACACGGCCGACCACAGCCGCACCUACAGAAGAGUCUCCAGCACCACGCUCAGCGAUCUGGACGACAUUACUAUGCUGCAAGAAGGCCUGCUUUUCGACCUGCCGCUGACCCCGGAGGACGCGGGGAGAGAGUACUGUAACCUGGACAUGCUGGGCGGCAGUGCAGGCAGCAGCUCCUCCGCUCAGAGUUCACCAGAACAGACCAGCUUGGACUUUGCAGAAGGCAACCACAGCAUCAAGCAUGAGUACCAGCUGUUGCACGACUCGGUCUUCUCACAUGCUAUCCUCAACCCGCUGCCUGAGGGCUGCUCCAUGCUCGAGAUAGAGCGUAUCACUCAGAGUGUCCUGAAGUCCCAUAUUGAGACGAGCCAUUACAGCACAGAGGAGCUGAAGAGGAUGGCGUGGACCCUGUACAGCCCGGAGGAGACGCGCUCAUUCCAGACCAAGUCAGCUGAGGUGAUGUGGCAACAAUGUGCCGUUCACAUCACUAAUGCAAUCCAGUACGUGGUGGAGUUUGCCAAGCGCAUCUCUGGCUUCCUGGACCUGUGUCAGAACGAUCAGAUCAUCCUCCUCAAAGCAGGCUGCAUGGAUGUUCUUCUAAUCCGCAUGUGUCGGGCCUAUAACCCCAUCAACAACACAAUGCUGUUUGAUGGAAAGUUUGCCACUGCACAUCUCUUCAAAGCUCUCGGCUGUGACGACCUUGUGAAUGGAGUUUUCGACUUAGCUAAAAGCCUGAGUCGUAUUCAGAUGUCAGAGGAAGAGAUGGCUCUCUUCAGCGCUGCUGUGCUGCUCUCUCCAGACCGCCCCUGGCUGACAGAUGUUCAGAAGAUACAGAAGUUGCAGGAGAAAGUGUACGUGGCUCUGCAGCGCUGCCUACAGAAAGAGGGAGCGUCAGAACAGAAACUAGCUAAGAUGGUGUCUAAGCUUCCCGUUCUGAAGUCCAUUUGCAACCUUCACAUCGACAAACUGGAGUUUUUCCGUCUGGUCCACCCCGAGACAGCGUACACCUUCCCUCCUCUGUACAGGGAGGUAUUUGGCAGCGAAAUCACCUUCCCAGACUCCACAGAGGGCUAGAACUAUUUAGCUAAAAAAGCGGGAUUUUAAUUGAGACACUGAAGUGUAGAGAGGGGGAGAUAAAAAUGUGGCAACCAGCUGAGGCAAAAACCCCACUGCUCUCACCUAAGAGCUCCCAAACUGUGUGGAGUAGCUCGCACUGCCCUGCGUCCGGUCCAUUCAGCUUCAACCUAACACUACAGGAACUGCGGCUGGGCACUCAGUGAACGUUACCUCUUUUUUUUAAGGAACUUAUUGAAGAGUAGCGUAUUUUAUUUGUAUACUCAAAAAUAUUUUUCUAUGAGAAGACCUUAAACCUCUCAUCAAGCUGAAUUUGACUUUCACCAUUCUCACAGUUCCUGUAAGCUAUCGUUGAAUGUAUCCCCUCACCACCCUAAGCUGGAUAUAGAAUGUAAAUACUUUAAAUCCUCUCCCUCUCUGUGGAGGUCUGCAGUAAUCAUGCCUGUUUCAGUUCUCAGUCUAGUAACAGUAUAUAUUUUUCGGUAACGCCCAUAUUUUGCAGUUUUGUAACGUAUGAACAAACUGUUUAAAGGGACCAUGAUCAAACUAACAAACAGUGUUUUUUUUUUAAGACUGUGUGAACCAAGGGCACCUAUAAACUGUUGCACACAGCACAAAGCACUUAUCUUUGUAGGUAUUUUUACUAGAAACCCACAGACACUGAUGUAAGUAUGCUUUGUUUUUUUGCAAUCGGUGACCUCAGCCUCAAUACCUUUUCCCAGUGAAAAUGCCACUCAGAAAGUGAGGGAAUCACAGAGGUAUUUGAAAGUAAGCUCCUUUUUAUACACAAGUAAUAUAUAAAACCUCAUUUCAUUUUAAGAGCAGUCCAAGUGAGAAGCAGAAGAAUAUUCUGGUGCUCAGGUCUCUAUACUGUCUGCCCAAACUCUGGGGUUAUGGGAUGGAAAGAUUGUAAUCUAAUUGGUAAUUAGCAUUUACAGUAAGAGACCUAUUCAGAAACCAAAACAAACUCUUGGCCCAAGAGGCUGCCAUCUGUGAAACUCAUGUGAAACCAGUCAGAAAUGCUACAUACACACUCCCACUAGAUAACCUGUAUGAACAAGGAGCUGGCCAGCUGACCACUGUGGGGUUAGUGCUCUCACGGAGGAGCAUCUUGAACUGUUCGCACCUCGGACCCCUUUUUUUUUUCUGGCACCAUCUUAACCAGCAGAUUCAAAGACUUUCGGAGCAAAGAAUGAAAAACAACUGAAUGUUUGAUGUUGAAAUGUGACGUCUACCUAUAUGGUCGGAUGACGGGAUAUAAUGGAGCGUGGACAUGUGGGUGAUGGUGUUAUUUAAUCUUUUUAGACAUUAGUUAAUGUCUGCAACAACUCUCACUGAUUCGGGUUUUAACCGAGGUGUUCUUAUACGACAAUUAGAUCCUCUGUUCCCUUUUCCCCUAAAUCCCUUACUACCUCACCCUCUUCAAACACUACAUGGCAUAGCAAAGGGUUGACAGAGCCAUCAGCUACCCCCCUGAGUUAGUAUUUCUGCAUCAAAAGAGAGAACAUUUGAAAGCCAUUGAUGGCUAAACUAUCCUAAAAAUAUAAUGUUGUGUGCUCUGAAAACUGGACAGAAGACACAAUGCAAACUGAACUGCUGGAUCUGGUUAAACUCUGGACAUCGACUCUGUCGUUGGUUUUUCUGUCAUUUGAGAGUAGGACAUGCCUUAAGGUACAGGAAGCCCUACUUAGAUAGGGAUCUAUCUGCAGGAAAGUAUCUGGGGACCUGAGGGUGUGUCCAGUUGAAACCUUCCUACAAAGAUAAGCUUUAUUCUACCAGUGUCCUAAAGAAGCUGCUAUAUAAGAUCAUUUGUAAUCGAAGCUGUAAGCAUUUUAAGACAAUCACAUGUUGUUGGAUGUCUAGCUCUAUUUAAUUUCAACCUGUUUGCUUUGCACUGCUGGAACAGUGCUGUGCGCCAUACUUUGUGAAGGGGUUUUACCCUUUUUUUGGGUACGUUCGACAGUGGCAUGGUGGGAUUGUGCAAUAAUGUCUUUCCCAUUGUUCUCAGUAUGUUGGGCCUUUGUUGCCGUGUUUUACAGACAGUUUUUAUUUUUUGAAACACUCCAGCACAGUAAACCAUGCAGCACGACAGAUAAUGUUAUUUAGAAUAAAGUGUACCAAAUACUACGAUGAGGCUUACAGAUUGUAACAAAGUGCAAUACUUUCUGUGUGAAGCAUGCGAGACUUUGCUGAUUUGAAAGGAUUCAGUAUAUUUUAUAGUUUUUGCAGGACUAAAAGCUGUCCAGGGGGCAGCACUGAGAUCAGCGCUUACUUUUCCAUUUCGAGUUACUCAGGGAGAUAGCUGGGCUCUCUGUCCUACAGCGUCUCGUUAGCAGGACACCUUGCACCAACGUAGAAGACCUUAAAACCUUGAUCACUGUGUACAGUUCAUGUUCUUAUGAAUGUUUGAUCUCAGAAGUAUCAAAGAUUUUACCCUCUGUUCAAUAUCAAUAUUGCAAGACUUUUUUUUGAGUGAAAUAGGAUAUUUAAAAAAUAUAUAUAUUAAAAAAAAAGUUAUUAAAGAUGGACUAUAGUCUCUGAAUCUUGUGUUGGUCUUGUUGUGAUCUUUUGUUCAUAAUUUGUAACCCUGUGUCCGGUUUUCCUCAGUUUAGUGUCCUUUUUGUCUUGGAGAGAUGUAAUUCUAUUUUUUUAAAAGAGCGUUUUUAAAGAUGUCUCCCUAAAAGGUUUCUCAUUUGUCAUGAUCCUUCUGUUUAUGAUAUGUUCACUCUAUUUUAAGAUUAUUAUUAUUAUUAAAUCAAUAUAGAUUUUAAUAAGACAUAAUUUAUAUGUUAUGGAUAUAAAGCCCAAGAGCUUUUAACACAGUAAAGUGUUAUUGCACAAUGGUGAUAUGAUAUGUGGAUUUAAGAAUGUAAUAAAAGUCAUUUUGCAAUAAAAUGGAAAAUCUUC